AUGGCUACAGAGCCCAAUGUGGGAGAAGCUCCCCUGCACUCGCUCGUGGAAGUGCAGGAGGACACUCGACAACGAAUCUGCGGUGGACGUGUGCUGCUGCGCAUCCGGCUGGCGCCCGACGAGGUCGCCUCUCUUUCAGAGCCGGAUCCCCUCUUCAGCCUGGUUCCUCGGACGGCCUAUCUGCCCUUCCUCUUUCAUGAUGUGCUGGAGCACUUCAAGAAGUCGGCGAUCGCCCGGAUGGGACAGCCCUAUGAGCUCUGGUUCGACUUUAAUCACACGGCACUGAAAUGGCAUUUUCCAGUGGGGGUUCUGUGUGACGCCUUGGUUGGCGUUGAGGUCCCAGUACCCUUAGAUCUUACCGUCCACUUCCGUGGCAACUCGGUGAUGUCCGACCUGCUGCCCUUCAGUGGCAUGGCCGAUCUCCAGAGGUCUGUAAUGAAUGCCUUCAAGCAGGCAAUCUUCCUGGAAGUUGGCUCCGCAUCGCGCUUCAUGCGCCUGGAGAAGAAAGAACACAUGAUGCUCUGGGACGCAAUCCUUCAGAGUGACAUCAAGAGCUUCUCCCAAGUGGAGGAGAAGCUAAUGUGCAGCACUUUGGCAGAGUGCAAAAGUCUGGCUGUGCGUCUGCAUAUCUGGGCGCCUGCACACGACGGCGAGGUGCUGCUGCACAAGGCACCAGCCCUCCGUGAGUCGGGUGCGGCCUUCACAUUGAGCGACUUCCUGGCUAUGGCGAUGCCGCCACUGCUCAGCGCGGCCGGGGAUGUCCUGGCAGAGGGCGUGGAGGUGCUGACACAGGGCCUGAUUCUUGAGCUGCAUUGGCUUCGUCGGAUCUCUCUUGGGACUUAG